CUCCUCCUCUCCCAAGUCCAUCCCUUCCGGGGGACCCAACAUAUAACCCCCUCCUCCGCGUGGUCCAUCACUCCCCCUCCGCCAGCCCUCCCGUGUCUCGUCACUCUUCGCUCGUCUCUCGCUCUUCGCUCUUCGCUCUAGUCCGCCGUGCGCCGUCUCUGCUUGCCCCCGUUCGGUGGCCAGAUCCAUCCAACUCGAGUGCGCGCAGGAGCAGCUCGUUUCCGUCAUUCCGACCCCAAUGUCGUCGACUCCCGCCGCCAUCGCAUCCUCCUCCAAAGCUCAAGCGCCCUCAGGCUCUCUUUCCCCCGCGCAGAGCACCCCCGGCGCCGCUGCCUCCGGCGACAGCUCAGGCCAGCGGCGGAGUGGGAGCAGCUUCGGUGCCGGAACCCCUUCGAGGCCCUCGCCGACGCCGCGCAAUAGCCAACAAUCCAAAAGACAGCACAAGCCCUCGAGGCGCUUCCGUCAACCGGAUGAGGAUGCAAUCGCCGAGUCGCUCGCCAUGCGUUCUCUCAACAGUCGCAAGGGGCAGACGUCAAUCACACAUCUCAUGAACUUCAGCCUUCCUCCUCGACCGCAAAACAACUACCACCACCACUCCCAUGGCAGAGUUAGGAGAAAUCCUACAUGGGGCUUGGGCUCGGGUUAUCAUGCCAUCGACAAGGCAAGAUAUGUACACGCCAACUACCGCUUCAUCGUCGAUCCGAGAUUCGAUUACCGUGCGCAAAGCGUCGACGCUGAUAUACACCUGGACUGGAAGAAUGUCCUGCAGAUUCUAGCGUCUUCACAAUCUCAGGAGGCCUCGUGCCCUAUUUGUCUAGGAACGCCAGUCGCUCCGAGGAUGGCGAGAUGUGGGCAUAUAUUCUGCCUGCCGUGCCUCAUCCGUUAUAUGCACUCGGAUGACGAAGGAAGAUCACCGGAGAAGCGUGCACGAUCGAAGAAAUGCCCAAUAUGCUACGACACGAUUUACAUGUCAGAGACGAGACCGGUCCGUUGGUACGUGGGUCAAGAGGGGCUUCCGCCGCAGGAAGGCGGCGAUGUCGUGCUCCGUUUGGUGAAAAGGUCUGCUGGAAGUACACUGGCCAUGCCACGGGACGGAGCGGAUGCUUUGGACGAAGACCAAGACAUCCCCUGGUAUCAUGCUGCCGAGGUCAUGGACUACUCUAGAGUGAUGCGCGGAGGGGAGGACUACAUGUUUGAGCAAUUUGAUACAGAAAUAUCCAUGCUCGAGCAGCAGGAGAAGGAAGACGAGUUGAUGUUCGGAGAAGACAACGUGGAGUGGAUGCGCAAAGCGAUACGCGCUAUCCAAGAGUCGAAAGAGAAGAUCAAGGGCAUUGGGAACCCCCCAGAAAUCUCGUCAAAACCCGCUGAGCCCAAACCGAAGCGGCCACCGAUCGUUUUCAAUGAGAAUCCCGAAGAUGCCCCUGAGAUGUAUACGAUCAUGAAUGCCUCGAAAUCGGGCCAGUCUGUCAGUAUGACGCCUGUCUCACACACUCCAGUGCCUGAGAACCUUGUGGACGGUCAACCACGCUCGGAGAACUCUGAAUCUGGACUAUCUUCAGCGAGGAAAGCAUCGAUAUCAUCGCACUCAUCAAAAGCGAGCAACAAUAUCAACGCGACAUUAGCCGAGAUUCGCCAUCGGCAGCAUCAUGAAAACAAGCAUACGCCCUCUGAGUAUUUCUUCUACCAAGCGUUAUUACAUUAUUACCUAUCACCCUUGGACAUACGCAUCCUGAAGGCUGAAUUCGGCGACUUUUCCGCGUUUCCAGCUACAAUUCUCCCGCGCGUUGAGCGGGUUUCAACUGGCCAUGUCGUGGAUGAUGAGUUACGGCGACGAACCAAGUACCUUGCCCAUCUCCCUUAUGGGUGCGUGGUGAACUUCCUCGAGUGCGACUGGACUGAUACCGUUUCUCCUGAGAUAUUGGAGCGCUUCAGGCCGGACAUAGAGAAGCGGCGGAAGCGGAAUCAUGAGAAGGAGAGUCGAGAAGAGAAGGCUCGUAUUCGGGCGGAGAAGGCCGAAUAUGCAGAGUUCGCUUCUGCGCGGCGGAAGAGUCGUGCUGGAAUUCCGGAAGAGAAGUUCCGACCGGACGACUUCCAGCCUCUUGUUUCCGGCAGUAUGUCGGACGCAACCGCUGAGGGGACGUCAACUUCACCGCCUUGGCCUGUGAGACGGGGCCACGGCUUUGCAUCCCUGGCGUCACCGUCCACGAGCCCGUCGGCGCCGCGCACGGUUUGGGGCACUGCCAUGGUGGCUCCCACUUCGCCUACGAUGGCACCUAUAGAGCAUGACGCGCGGGACGAUGGGUGGUUGCAGGGUUGGGAGAAGGAUCUAUUGCAGGAAGAUGAUGCUCUUUUGGCAGAAGCUCAAGCGCUUUCUCUUGGGGAAGGGGAGUCAUCGAGCACAAGGAAACCGGCGGGAGGGAAGAAGAAGAAGGCGAAGAAGAUCACACUGAUGAGUACAAAUGUGCGGAGGGGCGCGUGAAUCGAAGAAGUUGAAAGGACUCAUGAAUAAAAAGAAUGGAGUUUUCUAGAUCUAGAACAGCGCGCAACAUCCCUACUACUUGGUUGUAGCACUCAUGAAAGAAUUGACAUCAACCGCCG